AUGACGAGGAAGAAGGUGAAGCUGGCCUACAUCGCCAACGACUCGGCCCGCAAGGCCACGUUCAAGAAGCGGAAGAAGGGCCUCAUGAAGAAGGUGAGCGAGCUCAGCACCCUCUGCGACAUCCAGGCCUGCGCCAUCGUCUACUCCCCUUACGACUCCCACCCGGAGACCUGGCCGCCGACCGCCGCCGGCGUUCACAGCGUGCUGUCCCGGUUCAAGAAGGUGCCGCAGAUGGAGCAGUGCAAGAAGAUGGUGGACCAGGAGAAGUUCCUCGGGGAGCGGAUCAAGAAGGCGGCGGAGCAGCUCAGGAAGCAGGAGCGGGAGAAUCGGGACAAGGAGGUGGCUCAGGCCGUCAGCCAGUGCCUCGAAGGGAAGAUGGCGCUCCAUAGCUUGACGUUGACUGAUCUUGACGUCAUUUCCCGCUACAUCGACGGGCAGCUGAAGGACGUCGACCGCCACAUCGCGGAUCUGGGCCGUGGUGGGCCGACUGGGCCGGAUUCGAGUCAGGCCAUUGGGCCGGAAGUGGUUGUGAACAGUGGGCCCAAGGAGGAGUAUGCGGAGAGUAUUGAGAGCAUGCAGAGGCAGCAGUGGUUUAUGGAGAUGAUGAACCCGGCGCCACCGCCGGGGCCGAUCCCGGUGACGGCGGCGGAGCGGCAGAUGGGGUUCGUGGGGGAGGGUCUGAUGAUGAUGGCGCCGUCUGCGGCGGUUGGGGGCGGUGGCGGGUUGCAUUUUGGGGAGAGUUCGAGUGCCGUCGGCGGCGGCGGUGGGGGUAAUGGUGGUUAUAAUAACAGCAAUGGUAAUUCGUUCUGGGGUGGUAAUCCUUUCUUGAUGGAUUGA